AUGGGGGGGUUCGAUCAUCAUGUUGCAAACAUUGGAGAUUGGAUACCACCUAGCCCGAGCCCGAGCUCAAGAGCAUUCUUCUCUUCUUCACUGCUAGCUGAUGAUUUUGGAGGAUGGCAACCUCAUAUGGAGGAAACUAAUGAAAGUACAUGCAGAAACUUUGUUGUCGAGCCUCAAGAGUAUGUCACCUGGUGCAACUCCGAUGGAAAGGAUGGGGCAGGAACUGGUGCAACGACUGAUCAAACAGUCAAAUCGAAUGCACCAUCAGAGCAGGAAAUGAGUUCUCGUGGAGGGCUCAUGGAAAGAAUGGUAGCUAGAGCUGGAUUUAACGUCCCGAGGUUGAAUACAGAUGGACUUAGACCUCUUGUUAUGUCACAGAAUCAAGAAGUUAAGUCUCCUUAUUUGAGUAUUGCUGCUGGUCUCAGUCCAUCAAUCCUCUUAUAUUCACCUGUUUUGCUCUAUAAUCCGCUGGUUUAUCCAUCUCCUACAACUGGACUAUUACCAUGUGCCACAGGCGACGAGAGUAACAACCUUAUGUUGACGACUGGAGCUGCAAAUAAGAGGAAAGAGAUUGCUUUUGGGAGCAACAUUUCAUCCUCCUUAUCUUUCAAUUCAAUUAUGGAGACUGGCAGAGUAAAUCCGUCUUGUCAAAUUGAGGUUUCAGUUCAUCCAAACAACUCUCUUCAGCCUCAGAGUACGGAAGCAACUCAAAAUGAACGUAUAUGUCAUGAAACAACUGAUUUCCCUGUGUUGUCUACUGAAGAGGAUGUCCGGGGUAGUGAUAUGAUACCAGAGGUACGGACCAUUAAUGUCGCUGGUGAUAGUAUGGAGCAUUCUUCGUUUCUUGAUGAGAAGCAAGAUGAGGGCACUGAUGGUGAUGCUUCAGUUGAAGAUGGUUAUAAUUGGAGAAAAUAUGGACAAAAUCAAGUUAAAGGAAGCGAGUAUUCUCGGAGUUAUUAUACGUGCACUCAUCCAAAUUGUCUUGUCAAGAAGGAAAUAGGGCGAUAUCAUAAAGGUCAUGUCAUGGAAAUUAUAUACAAUGGGGCUCACAAUCACCCAAAACCACUGCCAAACCGGAUAUCAGCCCUCGGAUCUUCAAAUUCAUUUGGUAACAUGCAACUAGACAAUGUGGAUCCAACUGGAACAGGUGUUAAUGGUGAGCUGGCUUUGGAAACCAUCCAACAGGGACAUAUUGCUGGAGGCCUUGAGGGGAAGAACGACAAUCUUGAUGAAACAACAUUAGCAGAUUUGCACUCUGAAUACUGCAGGGGAUCAACCACUUUACAUUCAAAUCAGCUGGAAUCAGCGGAUGUUGUUGACAUAUCAUCUACUUUUUCUAACGAUGAAGAUGAUCGUGGUACUCGUGGCAGUGCGUCCCUAGGUUGUGAUGGUGAAAGAGAUGAGUCUGAGUCUAAAAUAAGGAAGAUUGAGCUAGAUGAAACAGAUACGAGCGGCGCUAGCAAACCAAUCAAGGAGCCAAGAGUUGUGGUGCAAACUAUCAGUGAGAUAGACAUCAUUGAUGAUGGAUAUCGCUGGCGCAAGUACGGGCAAAAGAUGGUUAAAGGCAAUCCAUAUCCUAGGAGUUACUACAAGUGCACAAACCCUGGCUGCAAUAUCAGGAAACACAUCGAGAGGGCCCCAUCUGAUCUGAAGUCUGUUAUCACCACUUAUGAUGGGAAGCACAACCAUGACGCUCCUAUAGAACGCAAAAGUAGCCAAGCUAGCUCAGGUAUUUCAAAGUCUCGUUCCAACCCGAAAACUACUAAUGCUAAAGGCCAUGUAGGUAGGCCUGAACCUACACAAACUAAGAACACCAGAAAGCGCUAUGGAAGGGCUCCCCCAUUUGGCUCAUUUGGUCCUACUUCAGGAUUUAACAGUUCCGAAACUAACCAGCAGCAAGGUCUAACAGGUCUUGCUAUGACCAGAUUCAACUCUGAUCAGCACCAGUUUUCAGUUCCUGUUAAUCCACAUACAAGAUGGCCACAACCUGUGAACGAUGCUGGUUUCGUGCUUCCAGAAGGAGAACCAAUGCCAGAUCCUAGUUUGAACUACUCCAAUGCCUCAUCAACUUAUCAGGAAGUUAUGAAUGGAUUGCCUCCUGGACCUCAGAUGUAA